AGGUGCAAAAAACAUGGCAGAUAUCUGUGCAAAUCCAGAAUCAAAGGCAACAUCACCAAAAAGGUGCAGACCUUGGCAGAAUGUCCUUAUCACUGAUUCUGUGGAUGAUAAUGGAUUACUAGUGACCAACAUUAACCAAACUCAGGAUUUAAUGCGACUCAAGAACUCAGAGGUGCUGUUUGCUAAUUUAAAAGCCACCGACGACUGGAUUCAGGUCUACAGCUUGGAAAACAUGCAACUCUCGCUUGGGGAUUUGAUAAAGAAAGGCAAUGCUACAAAGGUUUCAAGCAAUGCGGUGGAGCACAUGGAGUUUACCCAAGAGGCUGUCAACAAUUUUGAAUCUCAGUUGAGAAUAGCUAUCGAUCUAUAUGACAAGCGAAUGCACUGGCUUCUGAAGGGCAGCAGGAAGAUGUUUGGUGUUAUUCAAGGAAGCAAACUUGGAGUUCUGAUUGAAAUGUCCAACGUCAGUUGUGGACUGAGGCUACAAGAACUCCAAAUGGAUCUUCUGUCAUUAAUUGAUGAACAACUGCGUUACAUGAAGAAACUCUACUUCAUUUCAUUUGGAGUUGAAAUCUCAGCUCUGUGGGAGGGACCCCGAGCAAUUGAGGGGGAUAGAUUGAAUGAAGCAAGGCAGUGGGUCCAGCAGCUAAAACCCAGCAGAGGCUGCAAUUUGCUAAAAGCUUUGAAGACAGUCUUGGCAAUGAGAGAGCUGGAUUCAGUGCUGAUCAUUGUAGGAAGCUGUCCAGACCAGGCUUCAGAAAUUUUGUCUGAUUACAUCCAACAACGUUCAGCAGGAAGACAAAUGCUGGUCCAUGCUGUGGCAUACAAUUGCAGCAGUGAAGUGCCUCCUGCCAUUCUAAAGAGCUUGGCAGAAGAGGUGAGAGGCCACUACCAUUGCUAUUCAGGAAAGAGCGAGAAUUGCAACAGCACUGAUAUUCAUCUGGUUCUUUGUGAGCAGCAAAAAGCGGAUAGCUUGCUCAAGAUCAUAAGUGAAAUCUAUCAGGGCAAGAUGGGUGACUCGCUUUUUAAUUUAGUGAAAAAUAGUUCAAUGGAGCGUGUAAAGUCUUCAUCUCUGGUGCAGCUAUCCAAACCUCCCCAGCACGAACGCCUUCUUGCAAUCCAAAUCCCUAACUUCUUGGCCAAAACCUCUGCAGAAUGGUUAAAAACGAAUGGCUUGCAAGCCAAGAAGCUCAGCCUUUAUCAAGUGUUAGCACCCAAUGCUUUUUCGCCUGUAGAAGAAUUUGUGCCUGUACUUCAAAAAACGGUAUCAUCUACUUUGCACGGGAAAGCCAUGAUGCAGUUUGAAUGGCACGAUGGGACAGUGAAAAAUGUUCACGUAGAUCCUCCAAUAUUAUAUGAUUACCAGAAGCAGCUUGGGCAGAUGGUGAAGAUGUAUGAGAGACGCAUUGAUUGGCUAUCCCUUUCUAGCCGAAGAAUUUGGGGAACCGUUUGCGAGAAGAGGGUGCUUAUUCUUGUUGACAUCUCCAAAACCAAUUCCCUCUACAUCUUUCAUAUCCAACAUUCCCUACGACUAUUACUGGAGGAGCAGAUGUCGAGUAAGGACUUGUUCAACAUCCUUGCCUUUGGGAGUGAUGUUAAGGCUUGGCAACCCGAAAUGAUCCCACCUCACCCAGAUAACUUACAGAGUGCUUGGAGAUGGGUGCUGAGCCUGCGCUGCGAAGGCACCAGAAAUGUUAUGAAGGCCCUUAAAAGAGCCGUGGAGGUGGAUUUUAAAGAGAAAGACAGGCAUGGAUCUCAAAGCCUUUAUCUGCUGGCAGCUGGAAUCCCUGAUCAGGAGGCGCACCUAAUCUCUUCUUACCUGGUUGAAGCCUGUGGGGGCUGCGAUUUGCAACUACACGCUUGCCUCUUCAGUGUUAAUGCUUAUUCCCUCGAAGGUGACAUUCCACCACGCUAUGCAAGUCCAAAUGAAACCGCUAUUGCUUACAAAGAAAUCGUUCAGGCCACCAAGGGCCGCUUUCAUUGGUUUGGAGAAACAGGUAUCAACGAAAGUGAUGAUAUCAGCAUUAUCCUAUCUGAAAUGGAAAAAGCAGUCAACUAUUCUCACAAGUGUGCCUUGUUAGUGGAAUCCUUAAGGCAGAGGUCAGGAAACAUCUUGGGGAACCAGUCACCUUUCAAAGAAGAUGACUUCUCAUCACUAAAGAAGGAAGAGAAGAAGACCAGACCAUCAAAAUUACCAUUUCCAAAGCCAACAGCCCUCACCCUUGCCAGGAAGAAUGCACAAGAACAGCACCAAGAGGGCGAGAGGAAUGGUAGCACCAAAGCCCUUUCAUGGCGUCCUCCGAGUGGCAAAGCUGAAAUCCCACCAGUUCAGCCAAUAAAAGAGAUCUUCCUGGCAAGAAAGAAAUUGAACUUCAAGGCAAAGAAACAGCCAGAGAUUUCUUCAUUUUAUCCCAGCCAAAGAAAAAACAUAGGCACAGUUUACAAAAACUCUUUGAAUCCCAAGAGUGGGAAAAGGUUGAUUCCUUCAGUGGUUUUGCCAAAUGAAGAAGAAAUAUCCUCCACCAAGGCAUGGCUCAGCAAAUACAGCAUAAAAAAGCUGAAGUUAGAUUUGCCCAGUCUUGUUUUUGGACCCGGGAGCGUGCAUCAGAAGCAGAUGGUGGAAUCGCUGCGCAAGAAAGUUUCAGCAAAAUACUGUGACAUUUUCCCUAGUGUAGAAGUAGAAGGGAUGGUCAAGCAUCUGCAGAUUCAACUUAAGGAUUUGGAAGAUUACAUUGAGCAAAUGGAGAAAGUGCUGCGAUGCUAUAUCCGAAGAGUACAGUGGCUUCUCUCAGGCAGCCGCCGAUUCUUUGGUGUCGUUUUGGAAGCCAAAGUUUGCAUUCUUAUUGAUACAUCUGGUUCCAUGGACCACUCCUUGAGUCUGGUGGCCAAAGAACUCACCUCCCUUAUCUGGGAACAGCUGAGGAAGAAUGCCACCAAGUUCAACCUGAUUGCUUUUGCAGAAGAUGUCCAAGUUUGGCAGGAGUGCCUCGUGGAGGCCACCGAUGAAAUGUGCCACGAGGCUGCCCAGUGGGCGUCAUUGUUUCAGGCUCAUGGGAAUACGUCCAUUCUGAAGGCUUUACAGAGAGCAUUCAGUCUUCACGAAGUAGAAGCCCUGUAUAUGCUGACGGAUGGAAAACCUGACACCAGCUGCAGCUUAAUUCUCAAAGAAAUGGAAAUGCUUAGGAAGAAACGGGCUAUUACCAUCCAUACAAUUUCUUUCAAUUGCUCGGACAGAGUAGCAAAUGACUUUCUCAAGAAACUGGCCUUCCAGACAGGUGGACGCUACCAUCGGUGCCAUGGAGAUGUGGAUGGACAAUUGGUGGCACACCGAUUGCUUUCAGAAGGCUUUAAAGAUGAGGAGGAUCCCAUAUUCCCCUUGUUUGAAGGAGACGAUUUGAAGAAACUUGUUGAAGAAAUAAGCAAGGCUAGGAACUAUUUAACGCAGGCAAAAGUGUUUAGAUCACUUUUAGAAAAAAAGAAUAUAGAUCAGAAGAACCCUCUCUCUUAAUACAACUACUUCCAGAUUUUCAGAUGCCUUGUUUCUGUCCAAAAUUGUUGUUGCUUCCCCUUUGAUUAAAGGAGAAGAAUAAAUCAACCACCGUCACCACAACAUGUUUCUUCUGGAAGGAUUGAGAGAACAUGUCAAACAUCAUGGCCCUUUUCGUGUCGAUCCACUUUGCGGAAGAAGUCUCCUGACAAAUAAGUUUUGCUUAAUACUUUUUGAGAGUUGUUCUUCAUGGCUGCUUCUUCAGUUCAUGCCUGUCCUAGCUCCCCACCACCACUAAUUGGUCUAUAGACUUACCUAGCUUUAAGAAGUUGGUGCCCCAGUGUCAGCCCUUCAAGGUAGUUGAGACCAGGAAACCGAAAUCAUGAAUAUUAAUACCACUUCUAUUGUAAGGUUACAGUAACAGAAUCUUGCAAAUCUGAAAGCGCUUCUCCCCUCUCUCCCUUUAGGUUCCAGAGAACUAAAGAGGAUCAGUUCUAAAACACUUUCUCAAAUUACAUUUCUGGUUUGAACUCAAGAUUUCGUUUAUCAGACCGUUGUCUAACCUGCAGCUCUUUCUCCUGUCUCUCAACGUUAUUCUCACAGCCCAUUACACCCAGGGGAAAUAUUGAAUAACAACAUAGCCAUUUGAGUAUCUUUGAACCUCAAUUAAGCCUCGCCAUCUUUUUCACGUCUUCCUUUCCAGUGCUUGGAAAAGCAACACUGAAUUCUACCCACUGUUUGAGUUCCCCAUCAUUGUCCGCAGGCAGUGCUGUUCUGUAGAGUUAUAGAAAGUUAGUCAGCCAACAAUCAACAAUCCUGUUAAAGAAAGGAUUGCCGUGCUUAAAAUUGUCACCCGUGCUAGCAGAGGCAUCCAGGUGUGAUGGAAUGGAAUUAUGAAGGCCAGGCUCAGAGAGAGAAACAUUUUCUUAGCUUGCCAGA